AUGAGCGAAUACCCUUACGAAACAAAGACUGAAAUUCCAAAGAUUCAGUUUGAAGCAUUUAAUGGUGCUAAUUUUGCUUAUAUGCUAUGGCCAGCAGUUAAUAUUGGUUUAGAAGAUCAGGAAUCAAAGUUACCAAAGGGUAGAAUUGUUAUUGUCCAUGGUUUUGGUGAAUAUUCUCAAAUUUACUAUAGAAUGAUGGAUCAAUUAGCUCUUAAUGGUUUUGAAACCUUUAUGUUUGAUCAAAGAGGUUCUGGUGAAACUUCUCCUGGUAAGCUAAAAGGUAUUACCAAUGAAUACCAUACAUUUAAUGAUUUGGACUAUUUCUUAAGGAAGAAUAUUGAUGAAUGUAAAGAAAAGGGUAUCCCUAUUCAUUUGUGGGGCCAUUCUAUGGGUGGUGGUAUUAUAUUAAACUAUGCUUGUGAUGGUAAACAUAAAAAUGAUGUUGCUACUUUUAUUGCAUCUGGACCUUUAGUAGUUUUACAUCCUCAUUCUCAACCAAAUAUUUUGACUCAAUUUGCUGCUCCACUAUUAGCUAAAUUUUUGCCAAAUAUGAGAAUUGACACAGGAUUAGAUUUAGAUGGUAUUACUUCUGAUCCUACCUAUAGAGAAUUCUUAGCUAAUGAUCCUAUGAGUAUUCCAUUGUAUGGUAGUUUUAGACAAAUUCAAGAUUUCUUAGUACGUGGUAAAAAACUAUACAAGAAUGAAAAUAAUCGUUUACAAAAAAUGGAUAAACCUUUGUUUAUUCAACAUGGAAAAGACGAUACAAUCAAUGAUCCUAAGGGUUCUCAAAAAGUAUAUGAUCUCUCUGCUGCUCCAGAAAAGAAGAUUGAAUUCUAUAAUAAAGCUAGACAUUCCAUUCUAUCUUUGGAAACUGAUGAAAUAUAUAGUAAUGUUUUUGAUGAUUUGGUAGGUUGGUUGAAUGAAUAUUCGGAAUAA